GGUACGUCACUAACGCAACUCUCCCUCCCAGCGACAUUGAUCUUCCUACGCAAUGUGCGUACUUCUUUCACUGUCUAUGGUAUUAUCUUCUGUCAUCUUGGCACAGCACCCUGGUUAGGGCAGGGAACAUAUUUUCUGUCAUCACCGUAAUAUUUAAAAGGGGAUCGUAUCAAACAAUGGGGAACAGAGACGACGAGUAUGAUUUCUUAUUCAAAGUCGUACUAAUCGGAGACUCUGGCGUGGGGAAGAGUAACCUGCUGUCCCGCUUCACAAGGAAUGAGUUCAACCUGGAGAGCAAGAGCACCAUCGGGGUGGAGUUCGCCACCCGCAGUAUCCAGGUGGACGGCAAGACGAUAAAGGCUCAAAUCUGGGACACAGCUGGACAGGAACGCUACAGAGCAAUCACCUCAGCGUAUUACCGGGGUGCAGUUGGAGCUCUCCUGGUUUACGACAUCGCCAAGCACCUGACAUACGAAAACGUUGAGCGCUGGCUGAAGGAGCUGAGGGACCACGCUGACAACAACAUCGUCAUCAUGCAGGUCGGAAACAAGAGCGACCUGCGCCACCUCAGGGCGGUGCCCACUGACGAGGCUCGAGCCUUCGCAGAAAAGAACAGUAUCUCAUUUAUUGAGACAUCAGCGUUGGACUCCACAAAUGUAGAAGAGGCAUUCAAGAACAUUUUAACAGAAAUCUACCGCAUCGUUUCACAGAAGCAGAUAGCGGACAGAUCUGCCCACGACGAGUCUCCGGGCAACAAUGUAGUGGACAUAAGUGUCCCCCCGACCACUGACGGGCAGAGGGGCAACGAACUCCAGUGCUGCCAGAGCCUGUGAUGCUCAACCCCAUGACACUCAUCCUCCAGCUCUCCACAUCACCCGUGCACUUUUUGUUCCCGUUGCUCUGUUCACGGCCAACUCCCUAGUCACUCUAUCCUCUUUUUUUGUUUUUCUUUCUACCUUUCAUUCUGUCUUAUAUAGACUUUUGAACUCACUCGUGCUCUUCUCUUCUGCCAUGACAGAACACUUCCAGAAGCCUUUAUGUCACUUGGUUUGUCGAGUUGUGAAUGAAAUGUGAAGGUUUCUGCAAUGCAGGGACCUGGGCAGUCGUUGCUGUCUUAAUAAUGCCUGGGAAGUUGUUUGAACUGAAACUCUGUCGUGUACAGCGAGGUUUUAAAAUACAUUUCAAUGGUUACCACUAGAUGGUGCUGUUUAAAUAUACAGGCAGUUAGUCCAACCUGGUGAAGCAGUAUUAUGCGUUAACAGCGUGGUUCCUCCAACUUUCUUCUUACAUCGGAUAAGUUAUCAUGCCAAAAAUAUCCUCAUUAUGUAUUUAUUGAAGAAUAUUUGGCUUAAGUUGUCAUUGUUUUACUUUAAAUUUGAAAACUGUAAACAUUUACAAUAAAAUCCUUAACAAAAGUUAA